GUCAUCUGUCGUGCAGUUAUCGGAACUUCAAGACGACUCGUCGAAUCCCGCGAUCAAUAUUUAUUGCAGACCACUUCUAAAUGUAUGCGGCCUACUCUAACAAUACUAUAAUCGACUCGUUUCCAUCCCUUAUUCAUCAGAACGUAAUUCACUCAAGGAAAACCAUGGACCAAAAUGAAGCUACUAUGAAAACUAAAGAAUUUCAUGAAACAUUUAAGAUUGACGCUGAAAUUAUUGUUUUUCAAAAAAUUCCAGAACGAUUAGUAUAUUUUUACGAAUUACUCAACAAGCCCGAGUCUUGUACUCCGACAAAUAACAUAGAAUGUGAAUUCGAUAUAACCACAAUUAUUGCUAAACUGAAAAACAAUGUUAAAAAUUAUGCAGACGGGAAAACUCCAUAUGAUACUGUUCUAGGACAAAUGCUUAUACCGUUCAAUAAAAAUGUAACUGAAUUUUUUGAAAUUAUUAAAUCCAAUAUCGUACAAUUACUUGAAGAUAAUCGUGUUUUAAAAAUGUGGGUAACAUUGUCAAUACCAAAAACUGAAUCCGACAAUAAUUUUGGAGUAUACAUUCAAACAAGUAUUCUUUCAUUGAUUCAGCUGAUUGAGUCAGUAGCAACAAUGUAUUUUGGAAAAUUGUCUCGCUAUUAUGAGUAUCGUGGAAAACUCAUUACUAAAGUAGUGAAGUACCCAUUUAUAGAAGACUACCGGGUUGCUGUUAAAGAAUUUGACGAAAAACAAAACAUCGACUUUUACUUAAUCACGCGUCAAAUUUAUUAUUGCUAUACAGUAUUACACGAUGUUAUCAUCAAGAACUUUGAAAAAAUAAAAAAUCCACGGUCCUCAAACUGUCUAUAUUAAGCGCAGUAGUAUCAUACUAAAACUUUUGAAUUUUAAUUUACAUCUAAUUUUAUAUCGAUCUUUUAAAAUAUUUAGAUUUGUGUUAAAAAA